AUGCCAAUUCUGAUGGACUACUCAUCAAAGAAAAUCAGUCAAAGAAUCGCGAUUCUGGAGAACAACUCUCAGACACAGAUCAGUGUCCUCAACGAUAUGAGCCGUGUCUUGAAUCGCCUCGAGAGUCAGCGACAGGACAUCAUCUCAACCAUCGAUCGCUCCGAAGUCCGCAUAUCUCACAGACUCGACGACAUUAAGGGAGACUUAGGAAAGACGAUAACACUUCAAGAAGUGAUCCGCGAAGACAUCAAUAAGUUAGAGCAGCAGCACAUCCUUAACAAGAUGUGGAUAUCGGAACAGUUGCGGACAAUCGGUAAACGAAACGUCAAUUUAGACGAAAGCGACACAAAGCCGUCGCUUAAUAUCGUGAGCGCAGACAUCGAGGCCAACCUACAGAUGGUUCAGACGACACUCUAUAGUCUCAAGCGAUCGACAAAUCAAAUCGAGGAGCAGAUCACAGACCUGUCUAACAACGUGUCCGGACUUAUGAACGAAACCAAUUCCAUCGCCAACUCGUCGAAAGGUUAUGUCGAAAGCAAAUCAUUCAAUAAAGCGAUUCGUAAUGUGAUGGAAGGCAUGAAGAAAUUGGAAAAACCAAACGUUUUCAUCAGGACUUCCACUCCGGAAGCGAAUGGAAGUUAUGUUUUCGCCAAAGAUUGCAAAGAGAUUCAAGACAAACAAAGUUUGAAAAACUUAAGUGGAGUCUAUCGGAUCAAACCUACCGGUGCCGAAGAACCCAUAUUCGUGUUCUGCGAUAUGGAUACAGACGGCGGCGGAUGGACUUUGAUUCAGAGCCGACACGACGGCGCCGUCGACUUCUUCCGCGAUUGGUAUGAAUACAAGUAUGGCUUCGGGAAUAUCGCCACUGAGUUCUGGUUGGGUUUGGAUCACAUCCAUCGCAUCACUUUACUAAACCUCCUGAAGCUCCUUCUGUUCCGAAAACGGUUUAUAUUGCGGAAGCGACAGCCGAGCCUCCGGCUCUUGAUAUACUAA